AUGGCUCCAGCCACUCGUUUUCGAGGGUUUCCAACGAUGUCAGUUCCUGCUGUCCUCGUUAUCUCAACUGUAACCCUACUUCUGUUGGCUCGUGCCAUGGCGCAGAGCGAUCCUAGCUUUCCCGACCCUUGCCAAGGCUCUACCUACACGCCUUCGGACAACCUUCCCUACGGUCGCCACACUUUCCCUCCUGGCUUCGUCUUUGGCACCGCCGCUUCUGCUUAUCAGGAGGAUAUUCAAAGAAUGAAGUAUAUGAACGUGGAUGCUUACAGGCUCUCCAUCUCCUGGUCUCGAGUUAUCCCAUACGGGAAACGGAGCACAGGGGUGAACAGAGAAGGACUCGAUUUUUACCACAAGGUUAUUGAUUUGCUCAAACAUAACGGUAUCGAGCCUUACGUCACAAUAUGGCAUUGGGACACCCCUCAGGCACUCGAAGCCGAGUACGGUGGCUUCUUAAGCCGUGACAUAGUGAAGGAUUUUGAAGAUUACUGCGACUUGUUAUUCGAAGAGUACGGCAAAAAGAUAACAAAAUGGAUCACGCUGAACGAACCUGUAACUUACGUAAUGAGAGGAUACGACGAAGGGCUGAUGGCACCGGGGCGUUGUUCCACGUACAUGGAUCCUAUCACCUAUGGUCACUACCCGAGGAACAUGAUCGACCUGGUCGGAUCUCGCUUGCCCACCUUCACGUCGGAGGAGUCGAGAUCGUUGAAAGGCUCGUACGAUUUUCUGGGGCUCAAUUACUACACUGCGUAUUACUCCAUGAACAACACCAACUUCGACCCUGAACAUCUCGAGUAUCUUAAGGAUUCCCACGCCAUUACUACAGCUACUGGAGCCAAUGGAGAACUCAUUGGACCGGAGUUGGGCACGUCGUGGCAGUACCUUUACCCACAAGGGCUUCAAUAUCUUUUGAACUACACCAAAGAUACAUACCGAAACCCUCAUAUUUACAUCACCGAGAAUGGACUUUCUCAAUUGGACGAUCCUACACAAUCGAUCGACGAAGCGACACAAGACGACGAUAGGAUAAAUUUCUACGACACCCACCUCGACAGUGUUCUCCAGUCCAUGAUCGGGUACAACGUGAACGUGUCGGGGUUCUUCGCGUGGUCGCUUGCGGACAACUACGAGUGGAACGAUGGCUACUCGGUCCGGUUCGGGUUCUACUACAUCGACUACACCGACGGUCAUCUGACCCGCUACCCGAAGAGCUCGGCCUGCUGGUACACCAACUUCCUUAACUGGAACGCUCCCACGGGCCAGACCCUGAUCCGUCAGAAGAAUGUUCGUAGCAAUAAUAAGCUGCAGGCUCGGUCCGCUCGCCAUUCUGCCGCAGCUGGCGGACGUCGUGCCCUCCCGGCCCGCCGAUUCUCCCGUUGGUGA